AUGCCACCAGUUACUCAAGUAUAUGCCCAACAACAAGGAGAACCAUCCAACUGGCAAAAAUUCCGUAUGGGGUUGAUGAUGGGUACUGCCGUUGGUGUCUGUACUGGUGUGUUAUUUGGUGGUUUCACUAUUGCUACUCAAGGUGCUGGUCCAGAUGGUGUUGUUAGAACUUUAGGUAAAUAUAUUGCAGGUUCUUCUGCCACUUUUGGCCUUUUCAUGUCCGUUGGUAGUGUUAUCAGAAGUGAUGAUGGUGAAAGACAAAUUACCAAUUGGGAAAUGCACCAACGUGCUAGAAUGGAAAUGUGGAAGUUACGCACUGGUUAUGGAUGGCAGAAGAAGGAUUAA